CCAUGUCGAGGAGUUUCGUUCGCAGUACCUAGUCAAGGAGCCACAGACCCUAAUAUUUUUUUUACGCUAGACGGUCGCGUUUUACCUCGGUGUAACAAAGAAAAAUACAGUGAUUUUCUCAUUACCUAGUUUAUUGUGACGAAAAAUCCAGCUUCCUGCAACGAUACGUGGUGUGUCUGUCCGUGACGGUUUAGCACGGUCUAUUAUUGUGAUUUGCAGUUUCUGAUUUCUAGAAGCAGCAAAUAAAGUGUUCUGCCUUAUUGUGCAACGUAAUUAAAUCGAAAAUACGGAAUACUAGCAGCUGAAAACAGACGGCGAGGCCUUUUCUCUGUACAGUCCCCGGAGAUAGAUAUUUCUAUCGCAGCUUCCACAAAGAUGUCCUACGCGUACUUGUUCAAAUAUAUCAUAAUAGGCGAUACAGGAGUCGGCAAAUCAUGUUUGCUGCUCCAGUUCACCGACAAACGCUUCCAACCGGUGCAUGAUCUCACGAUUGGGGUCGAGUUUGGUGCCCGCAUGAUCACAAUCGAUGGCAAACAGAUCAAGCUGCAAAUCUGGGACACCGCCGGUCAGGAGGCGUUCCGUUCUAUCACUCGCUCGUAUUACCGGGGUGCUGCUGGGGCUCUCUUGGUGUAUGACAUCACACGACGCGAGACGUUCAAUCAUUUGACCACAUGGCUGGAGGACGCUCGACAACACUCGAAUUCCAACAUGGUUAUCAUGCUGAUUGGUAACAAAAGCGAUCUGGACUCUCGCCGUGAGGUGAAAAAAGAAGAAGGCGAAGCCUUCGCUAGAGAGCACGGUUUAGUAUUCAUGGAAACUUCGGCUCGUACGGCAGCGAACGUUGAGGAAGCGUUCAUCAACACGGCGAAAGAAAUUUACGAGAAGAUUCAGGAGGGAGUGUUCGAUAUCAACAAUGAGGCAAAUGGAAUCAAAAUUGGUCAGCAGCACUCACCAACCAACCCAUCGCUGGGCAGUGGAAACAACCCGGGCGGUCAGUCGAGCAGUGGUUGUUGCUAAAAUGUUGCCAACCUACUACUACUACUGCUACUGCAUCCCAUUAGACACACUCCCGCAUUUUUCUGCUCAGUAUUUCGGAAAUAGCACGGAGGGAAACGAAAAUUACACGCAAGAGUGGGGGACUUCGUUUCGAGCGAACGGAAACAAAUUGCAACUCCUGGCGGUAAAUAAUCCUGUGACAGUUGAGCGGGUUGAGUGUCGGCUGAAGUGAGUCGUAUAUGUUGUAAAAUAAAAUAUAUUUUUGUUGUUUUUAGUUAUAAAUUCAAUCUGUAAUUGACGUAAUCAUGCAGUUUUCACUGCAGUUCGAUUUCUGUUUGUCAAUUUGCUACAAUAGUGAGGGUAUGCUACAAUUUAAUCGUACACAAUAAUGAAAUGAUAAAGACGAGAUACAUAAUGAAUUAUUAUCUUUACUGUAUAUUUAGUAAUAUCUCGGGAUAAUCUCAACAGUAACAACACUAAACAAUUUAAUCCUUCACAAGAAACUUAUUUGUAUGCCUAUCUAGCCGAUCAAAGUUUAUACCAAACUAGUUUUCUUUGGUUUAUUUGAAAAAUAAAUAAUGGAAAAUGAAUACCUAUCGUCCACACUACUCUGAUUAUCCAGCAUCACGAAACAAUAAAACAUUAGCUGUCGAGAUUUCCACAGCGUUACAUAACAUUCGAUUGACUUUCGACUCGCUCUCGGCAAAUAUUCCGUGUUUGUAUGACUAGAAAUAACUUUGGAUCCAAUCGUUUUAUCCGGUGUGUGGUAUUGAAGCGGCAGCAUGUGGUGUGCAAUUACAUGAACAAGGAACUAAUUGGGGUUUUUAUGUACCAUUCGAGAGAAAAUACAAGAUACAAAACUUUAACACAAAAUAAGACAGUAGUGGAACAGUUAAGUUGUAAUUACGUAAAUAUACCAAUAAUCUUUCAGUUGUGAUUAAAUUGAAAUAAACUAAAAUUAAUGCGAUUAAUACUGAA